AUGCUCGAUAUCAGCCCCAUAACCAGCCUCCCCGGGCUAGAAAAACCGCCAAAACACCACAUCCUCGCCCCAAUACUCAACCCGGCCAAAAGCCCAGGCUCAACAUGGUCCUCAUUCUUCCCCUCACUCUCUUUCGGCGGCCCAUCCCAGGAAGAGGUCAGCCACAAAGGCCACAUCUCAACUCUCGACAAAAAGAAACAAGUCGACCAAAAGCGCGAGAUCAUCGGCUUCCAAAACCCCUGGCCCUCGUGGCACAAGCCCACCAAGUCGGAGAUGCUCGCCAGUUUUCAGUGGGGUCCUGACACAGAUCCUUGCAUCCCUCUCGCGGCUUCGUACGCUCUUCCCGCCAGACAAAUCCCGCCGAUAUCACAGCCGAGCUAUAGUGAUCUCUCCAACCCUGAGUCUGCCGCGUCAAAGGCUGCAAGACUGCUUACGGUGCAGAAGCCUGAUUUUACGCCUUGUCCGGUAGGGAAGAAGGCAAAGGUUACUUGGUUGGGACACGCCUCGAUGCUGCUACAGCUUUCAUCUGGUGUUAGCGUCGUGUUUGAUCCCAUUUUUUCCCAGCGGUGUUCCCCAAGUGAGUACUUUGGGCCGAUUCGGACGUACCAACCGCCGUGUCAAGUGGGGGAUUUACCUAGGAUUGAUGCAGUAUUGAUUAGUCAUAACCACUAUGACCAUCUUGAUCAAGAGUCUGUCAUGGGGAUUUGGGAAAAUAACAAGGACAGGGUGAGGUUUUUUGUGCCGUUGGGGAUAGGAAAGAUGAUGGUUGAUUUGUGGGGUUUGCCGAAGGAGAGGGUGGUGGAGAUGGAUUGGUGGGAUAAUGUCGCGUUGACGGGACUGACGCAAGAGAGUGUGAAGGUCUGGUGCACACCCGCACAGCACAACUGUUGGAGAUCAGGAAGCGGCAAGUCUGGGGAACCGAAUGGGAGCUUGUGGGCUAGUUGGAUGGUGGAGGACCUCCAAUCUGGAGACGGGGAGGAGCUGUAUAGGGUGUUCUUUGGGGGUGAUACCGGGUAUCAGUUCCACACCGAUCCUGCAUGGCCACCUUUGCCACCGACGAAUUGGAAGAGGGGUGAUCCGCUACCGCCAGCAGAAAAGGAAAAACCAGAGGAUUACCCACCAUGUCCAGCGUUCAAAGAGAUCAGCGAUAACAUCGGCCCGCCAGACCUUCUACUCUUGCCGAUCAGUGUUGGCGCAUCGUUUGCUUAUCUGAGAAGCUUUACAACGUGGAUGCCGGACUGGGGCAAUCCUAUGCCGAGGCAUACACAGGGUGUGACUGGGGCAAACCAUAUGCCUCCUUGGGAUGCUGUACGGGUGUUCAAGGAGAUGACUGAAGGCGGGAAAGGGAAAGCGGUGGCGGUGGGAUUGCAUUGGGGGACGUUUGCUACCGAGCCAGAGGAGGUGUUGAAGACUCUGGGCGGCUUGGAAUGGGCGUGUGAGAGGCAGGGAGUUGGGUUCGGGAGAGGGUGGGAUGGCAAACAUGAUGAAGGCGUUGAGGACAAGGUGUUUCUAGCGGUGAAUCAGGGGGAGAGUAUUUUGGUUUGA